UUUCUCCAACAUCUGUACUUGCACUCGUCUUCCACUUCCAUUCUCUUCUGGUUGACGAAGCUCAACGUCAUGGACUCUGGCAAACAGACCACUGUCACCGACAGCCCCGGUGCUUCCGCCGCUGAUGCGGGUCUGUUUAGGUUCUUGCCUGAGAUCCAAGUCAUUGAGAUCCUUAUGGCCAUCUUCAUCUUUGUAACCAUCCACUCCCUCCGGCAAGGAAGGCGUCAGGGCCUCGUGGUGUGGCCGGUAGUCGGUAUGCUGCCGUCGCUCCUCCUCGGCAUCCGUAAGGACAUGUACGAGUGGAUCACCGGUGUGCUUGACGGCCAAGGCGGCACGUUCGUCUUCCGCGGGCCGUGGUUUACCAACCUUCAUUGCGUCCUCACCGCCGACCCUCGCAACCUGGAGCAUCUCCUCAAGGUCAAGUUCCCCAACUUCCCCAAGGGCGAGUACUUCCGCAGCACCGUCUGCGAUCUUCUUGGCGACGGCAUCUUCAGCGCCGACGACGAGACCUGGCGCAGGCAGCGGAAGACCGCGAGCCUCGAGUUCCACUCGGCGGAGUUCCGGUCCAUGACGGCGCAGUCCCUCGUCGAGCUCGUCCACUCGAGGCUCCUCCCGGUGCUCGCCGUGGCCGAAGCCCAGCGCGCGCCGAUCGACCUCCAGGACGUGCUCCUGAGGCUCACGUUCGACAACGUGUGCAUGAUAGCCUUCGGGACCGACCCGGGCUGCUUGCGCCCGGGGCUACCGGAGAUACCAUUUGCCAAGGCCUUCGAGGACGCGACCGAGGCAACUAUCAUCCGGUUCAUCACGCCUACGGCCAUAUGGAAGGCGCUGCGCUACUUCGACCUCGGGAGCGAGAGAUGGCUCAGAAGGUCCAUCGCUGUCGUCGACGAGUUCGCCUACGAGGUGAUCCGGACCAGGAGGGAGGAGCUCUCGUCCGGGGAGCAGACGAGGACGGCGAGAUCUGACCUGCUGACGGUGUUCACGAAGCUAAGAGACGAAGACGGGACGCCCUACUCCGACAAGUUCCUGAGGGACGUGUGUGUGAACUUGAUACUCGCCGGCCGCGACACCUCGUCGGUGGCGUUGGCCUGGUUCUUCUGGCUGCUGAACCGGCACCCGGAAGUCGAGGAGAGGAUUCUUGGGGAGAUAAGGAAGAUAACAGAUGAGAGAGGAGGAGAUGAAGAUGGUGAGCUAGUGUUCAAGCCAGAGGAGGUGAAGAGAUUGGAGUAUCUGCAUGCAGCACUAUCGGAGGCUCUAAGGUUGUAUCCUUCAGUACCAGUGGACCACAAGGAGGUUGUGGAGGAUGAUGUGUUUCCUGAUGGCACUGUGCUCAAGAAAGGAACAAAGGUUAUCUACGCCAUAUUCUCCAUGGGAAGAAUGGAAAGCAUAUGGGGAAAGGACUGCAGGGACUACAAACCGGAGCGGUGGCUCAAGGAUGGGCGAUUCAUGAGCGAGUCCGCGUACAAGUUCACGGCCUUCAAUGGCGGACCAAGACUGUGCCUGGGGAAGGACUUCGCCUACUACCAGAUGAAGUUCGUCGCUGCCUCGAUACUCCAUCGUUAUCAUGUGAAGGUCAUGGAGAAUCACCCGGUGGUGCCGAAGAUGGCGCUCACCAUGUACAUGAAGUACGGACUGAAGAUCACGCUCUGCGCAAGAGAUGGAACGAAGGUUGUGGGGAAGUAGAAAAGCUAGUAGGGUUUGAACCAAUAAUCCCUGCUGGUUACACCCUGCAGAGAGAUGAACCAGAAGCUUAUCAAGAAGUAGAAAAUAUAGGGUUUGAAGGAAUAAUUCCUACUGGACUGGUUUGCUGCAUUGUAAUUGACUGUACCAGAGGAAGACACAAGUGUCUGUGCGAACAUUACAAGUGAAAACAUUGUACUGUAAUAGGAUUUGCGAGUUCCUACCGAUCCAGAUCUUGAACUCAAUACAUAUUUCUCGCAUA